AACAGACACAAUGAGUUAUUUUCUAAAACCACAUUCCCUCCCUCCCCUGACGCACAUUGGUGAGACCCUAAGACAACUCAUUGUGACCAGCCUGCACUACUGCCCUCUAGUGGCCACAGCGCAUCACUACAGUUGGGCCAAAGGGGGAGAAGAGGUCAGUUCUACUGUUCAUGUUCGUAAAUAACCAAUCCAGAGGUCUUCAGGGCGGGCCAUAAACAGAAACACUUCCCUGGUAACUAUAUUGAUCAUUGAGUAAUCGUCCAUGUCAUUUUUAAAACCAAAAUGCGAGGACUUUCCCUACAUCUUUGUCAAAGAAAUAGAAUUCUAUAAUCAGUAUUUUCUGAUAUAUUGUUUAUAGUGACUUUGACUAAGUAGACUAUGUUGUUUUUAACCAAGCAGGAAGAUCACACCAAUAAUCAGAUUUGUCGAACCAAUAAAUGACAAGCUAAAAAUCAACAAGGUCUCAAUCACAGCUUUCACUACACCUCCUCACGUGGUCCGCGGAUUAAUUACCGGAUUCUUCUCGUCAGCAUUUUUGUCGUAAAUCCAUCUCAUUAAGUCAAUAUUAAUAUAGGAUAUUUUACAAGAUUAUGAAUAAUGAAAGCAUUAAAGUCGAUAUUAGUGGGACUGAAAAUCGCAUUAUAAAAAUAAGUCUGCCCGAGUUCAGUGAGGUUAUUUUAGUUGAUGUUGCAGGACGCCGCUGUGGAUGAACGGGUCAAGCGGCAGAUUAAUAUUUAAUAAGAUGCAAACAUUUUCAGCGUCACACCACAGCGAGAGGCAGCAGCAGCAGGAUAUGCAAAUAAGAGAGAGGUCAGGGCUUUGAACUUUGAAGUCCCUGAGCAGCACACAGCCUGAAAGCAGGAACAGUGAGUCCUCUGUGGCACAGAGUCUGUUCCACUCCACAGCCACAAUAAAUACACAAUUGGCAAACUACUAUUCUGCCAUAGGGUUGGGGUGAAAAAUUGAUCAAAUGCGCAUAACUCAACCUAAGGAGCAUUCAAUUUAAGUAAAGUCCUAUUCAGUGAGCACGAUUGUUUUCUCCCCCCCCCCCCCAUUAAUAUUAAACUCAAGGACACUCUCCUGCAGCACAUGACAUUUUAAGAGAGAUCAAAUGAAGGGGAAAAAAUGGAGACUUGGAAACAAAUGUGAUUUUGUUUCUCUCAACCAGAUAGCCUCUGGGGGGUCAGGGCCAGUCCGUGGGCUCUCAGGGACUCAACUAGUUUAAGGCCAACGGGGCGUUGCGCAACUCAACAUGUUGUUUGGCCCUGGAGAGCCGAGCCACGGGCUUUGGAGGAUGGAGCCCUUUGGCCUCUCAGCCUCAGCCGUUGCCAAGACGAUGACACUACACACUGCCACUCAGUUUUUUUUAUUUAGAAAAAAAACUUGAUUAAUUAUGUUCACCUAUAUGUUAAAGUUUGUUUUUAUGAUUUGUAUUACCCUUUUUUUGUUUUUUACUCUAAUUUGUCAUCUUUGACAUCUCGCGUGACAACACAUUAUAUGGGUGCAACACACGUCAGAGUAACCACACUACUGAGCCAUAGUUCAAACAUGAAGCUCUACUCUAAAGUCAUCGUCCAGCCGGUUGAUCCACGACACUCCCAGAGAAACAAACAAAGAUGUUCAAGUUCUCGCUGCUGUUCCUGACGCUGUCGGGCCUCCAAGCUCUCCCACUUGCAGUCCCUCGACGUUUGCAGAAGACGUCUUCGACCUACCAGCUCCAUGAGGACAUUCGACAGGGCACCGAGCCCUCCAGGAAAUUCCUCGUCGACCUCAACACCGGCCGUGUGCGGGAGCACGUGGGCGAGAUGAACCGGCGAGUGGGUGAGUGUGGAAACAAACACAAUCCACAACUACGUGAACCUUUGUUCCAUUUCAUAUUCACAUUUCCUCUUCUAGCUCCUGUCCGUCCUUCUCUGGGAAAGGGAUUCGGGGAGAUGGCGAGAAGACACUGGCUGAGCGAUCAGGUCCCUGUUGAUGUUCCAGCCCAGAAGAAUGGUGGUGGUUGGGUCCGGGUCGAGGAACCCUCUGCUUCUCAUCUCCCAGUUGGUUUUAGACAGGGAACCGAACCCAUGAUGUCCAUCCCAGAUGGCUUCAGACAGGGAACUGAACCCAUGAAGUUCAUUCCAGAUGAUUCUAGACAGGGAACCGAACCAAUGUCGAUCCCAGAUGGUUUCACACAGGAAACCGAACCCAUGAGGUUCAUCCCAGAUAGUUUUAGACAGGGAACUGAACCCAUGAGGUUCAUUCCAGACGGCUUCAGACAGGGAACCGAACCCAUGUUGAUCCCAGAUGAUUUCACACAGGAAACCGAACCCAUGAGGUUUAUCCCAGAUAUUUUCAGACAGGGAACUGAACCCAUGAGGUCUAUCCCAGAUGGCUUCAGACAGGGAACUGAACCCAUGAGGUCUAUUCCAGAUGGCUUUAGACAGGGAACUGAACCCAGGAUGUCUAUCCCAGAUGGCUUCAGCCAGGGAACUGAACCCAGGAUGUCUAUCCCAGAUGGCUUCAGCCAGGGAACUGAACCCAGGAUGUCUAUCCCAGAUGGCUUCAGCCAGGGAACUGAACCCAGGAUGUCUAUCCCAGAUGGCUUCAGCCAGGGAACUGAACCCAGGAUGUCUAUCCCAGAUAGCUUCAGACAGGGAACUGAACCCAUUCUUACAAUCCCAGAGGGUUUCAGACAGGGAACUGAACCCAUAAUGUUCAUCCCAGAUGGCUUCAGACAGGGAACUGAACCCAUUCUUACAAUCCCAGAGGGUUUCAGACAGGGAACUGAACCCAUAAUGGCCAUCCCAGAUGGCUUCAGACAGGGAACUGAACCCAUUCUUACAAUCCCAGAGGGUUUCAGACAAGGAACUGAACCCAUAAUGGCCAUCCCAGAUGGCUUCAGACAGGGAACUGAACCCAUUCUUACAAUCCCAGAGGGUUUCAGACAGGGAACUGAACCCAUAAUGGCCAUCCCAGAUGGCUUCAGACAGGGAACUGAACCCAUUCUUACAAUCCCAGAGGGUUUCAGACAGGGAACUGAACCCAUAAUGGCCAUCCCAGAUGGCUUCAGACAGGGAACUGAACCCAUUCUUACAAUCCCAGAGGGUUUCAGACAGGGCAAUGCACCUUCCACCUCAGGGCUCCAGACAAAGACAGUGGCAUGUAAGGGGGAGGUCAUCGAUGGAAACUGCUAUGAGUUCAACCCUACGCCGCUGGCCUUCCAAGCUGCACAGGCCUUGUGCAGAGCACUCGCCCCAAAUGCUGAGCUUGCAUCUGUUGCCACUGGCGAUCUGCACAGCCGCCUGGUCUCCCUGGUGACCAAGGGUGGCGAGAGCAACCCUGUGAUGACCUGGCUGGGAGGCACGGUCAAGAACGAGAAGGCGUCGUGGGCCGACGGGUCGGCGUGGAGCUACAGCGACUGGAUGCCGGGUCACCCCAACAUCCACACCGAUAAACCCGUCUGUGUGGAGAUGUUCAAGAUGGCUGAGAGCUGGUGGACGGCCGCCGACUGCGACCUGAAGAGAGCGUCCAUCUGUUCCCACCAGAUCUCUGCAUGAACACCACAAAGAGACGUCAGCGGGUGGCUCUCGACACUAAUCUGAACUACCCAUCUCUGUAUUCACUCAAAUAAAACUUGGCAUAUUACAUCAGCGUGGGUUAUCUGUGGCGGUGACUCUUUGUUCUUAUCUUUCAGAGUAAAGACCUCACACAGAUGAGCCACAAUUCAUACAUUUUAAAUUUAGACAAGACUUUAAUGAUCAUUUUUCCACGUGUGUAUACAAAGCAGUUUGUACAGAUUAGGGAGCCAAGUUAAAACAAUUUGUUACAAUUAAGUACCUGGAAAGUGCAAAAGUACAUUUCAAAUACGCAGAAAUAAAAAUCAUGCUGUACAUUAUAUACAGUCUUCAUAAAUAAUCACAGAUACACACACACAGACAGACACACACAGACACACACAUCCAUUUGGUGACAGAGCAGGUUGCUAAGAAGACGCCUUGACGUCCUGUGUUCUCGGCUUCCGUUGAACGUGAAGGUUUAACGUCUGGAAUGCUGCUUUCAUUAGAUCGACCGUAAGGUCGGGGGCGAUGAGAGGGACCUGUGUGAACGCCACACACACACACACACACACACAUAAAGGCACUCCGUUUGUUGCAGUCGUGGAACAACUCAAACAGUGGUCUGUUGUCCGCGCGACAAGAUGAGGAUGAGAAAAAACGUCUUUCACAGGAGCCUCGGGAGAAGGACACGGAUUGGUCUGCUGUGACA